AUCAUUGCGUUUACAAGUACCAGGCACACAGACAUCAUGGCGGACGUUUUGGAUCUUCACGAAGCUGGGGGCGAGGAUUUUCCUAUGGAUGAGGAUGGUGAUGAAAGCAUCCAUAAGUUGAAAGAGAAGGCCAAGAAAAGAAAGGGACGUGGUUUUGGUUCGGAUGAAGGUGCAAGGUCCAGAGUGAGGGAAGACUACGACACAGUGGAACAGGAUGGCGAUGAGCCUGGGCCACAAAGAUCUGUAGAGGGCUGGAUCCUUUUUGUGACUGGUGUACACGAGGAAGCUACAGAAGAGGACAUCCAUGACAAAUUCGCAGAGUAUGGAGAAAUCAAGAACUUACAUCUGAACUUGGAUCGGCGAACGGGCUACCUUAAGGGCUAUGCGUUGGUUGAGUAUGAGACAUACAAAGAAGCCCAAGCUUCCAUGGAAGGGUUGAAUGGUCAAGACCUAAUGGGUCAACCAAUUAGUGUGGACUGGGGCUUUGUAAGGGGACCCCCGAAAAGCAAAAGAAGGGGAGGCCGGAGACGCAGCCGGAGCCCAGACAGAAGACGCCGCUGAAGCAUUAUGGGGUCAUGAUGACCAUAAUGGUGGCUUUUUGGAUAAUGUAUAUCCAGAAAGGAUUUCUGUGUACUUGUCCAUUGACCUGUCCAUAAAGAGUGUGUCGCUUUUUGUUAUGUUCACUUAUGGGUUUGGUUCUAAGGAUAGCGUUUUUAUUUUAUUUCUUGGGCUGGUUUUGAAAAAGAUAAAAACUGUAGAAUUAAACCAGUUUAUUAUUCUUCAUUAAGUGCUCAGAGUUGUAUGUUUUUUAAGUCAUUUCCAAAUAAAUGUGUUUGUCCUACUUUA